CAGCGUUGCCUGUUGACCGACACCUGUCCUCUCGCUUUCUCACCUCUUGCCGCCCUUUUUUCUUUCUCGAUUGCUCCAUGUCUGGGCGUUCGGCCGCGGAGUCUCCUUUCACGUCUUCCUGUCAUUUUUACGUCGACCAGAGGUGCUAUUUUCCGCGCCGCCACAGCGAGAAUCGGACAGCAUGGCCAAUGUUCUGCAGGGCGGGGACGGCAUGAUGGGCGGGGUUGGCGGCUUCCCGCUCGAGCGAUGGUUCUAUGAGAUGCCCGUGUGCACUCGCUUGUGGAUGACUGCUGCGCUGAGCGCCAGUGUGCUGGUGCAAUGCCACAUCAUCUCGCCCUUCCAGCUCUUUUACAGCGUCCGGACUGUCUUCUUCAAGAACCAAUACUGGAGACUACUCACGACGUUUUUCUAUUUCGGGCCGCUGAGUCUCGAUCUUCUCUACCACAUCUUCUUUCUCCAACGCUAUGCCCGUCUCUUGGAAGAAUCGUCGGGCCGCUCCACGGCACACUUUGCUUGGCUCCUCACCUUCGCUUCCACAACGCUCCUCUGUAUCGCGCCCAUGUUCUCCAUGGCCUUCCUCGGCUCGGCUCUAUCCAGCACCCUGAUAUACAUCUGGAGCAGGAAGAAUCCAGAUACCAUGCUAAGCUUUUUGGGGCUGCUGGUGUUCAAGGCACCCUAUCUUCCUUGGGUUCUGCUCGCCUUCUCGCUCAUUAUGCACGGGACGGUGCCUAAAGACGAGAUGUGCGGCAUUGUCGUGGGUCACGUCUGGUACUACUUCAAUGAUAUAUACCCGCCGCUACACAACAACCACAGCCCGCUCGACCCUCCUACUUGGUGGAUUCGCAUGAUUGAAGGGCGACCUGCUCCCAGCCAAGAGCCAGUCGAGGAUGAGGUACCGACAGAUGGGGAUGCACCUGGUGAACAUGACCCGGUAGAGCCUGCGCCCAUACAUUGAGCAUUGCUUAGGACAAUGGCAAUUUCAUUCACAUUUU